AUGACGGGCUCAAAAGAGAAUGUUGACACCGAGUUGCAUGUCGUGAUUUUGGGACCCGAUCAAAAACAUGUUUUGUUUAAAAAAUUGUGUCGAGCUGCGGACAAAUAUGAGAAACAUGUGCAUUACCAAGAUGUUCAUUAUCUUCAUGUGAAUAAGCCUGCAGAUGGGACAGAAGAAGUCAUUGAGAUCACCGAUCCGGGAUUGGGUCACACCGGAAACCGUGAAAUGGCCAUUCGUAAAUGUAAUCUUGCCUUGAUUUAUUGCUCUGUCUCAACAACUUCCGAUCUUCAACGAAUCGAGUCACUCAUCCCGGAUUUCGAUUUGAGAAAAACGGUUCCUGUUCGAUUCCUCUUCGACGUUGAUGAGGUGGCGAUUGAUGAAGAGGACAGCUCAUCUACAGGGAUUUCCUCGGUUUCUGAAGGAUAUGAAUCGGACACGGAUUUGGAGGGACCAAAAAGGAAGAAUUCGAUGGAUAAAAUAAGGAGACAAAACGAAGAGGGGAUGGUCACGAUGCAACAGAUCAGUGAACUGUCCACACGAUUUGGCCCAGACGUGCGAGUUGAACAGAUCUCCUCCAAUCAAAUGGUUGAUGCAAGGGGAUUGCUUGAGACAAUCAUGGAAGAAGCUGCAAAAAGCAAAAAGAAAACAACGCCAAAGAAACGCCUUCUUUCCAUUGCUUUGUUGGCUUCAUUAGCUAGUGCCUCUUCACUAAUA